AUGCAACCUUGGGCGUCCGGCGUCAAAAUCCCUUACAAUGCAUCCUUUACUGCGGCACAGUACGAGCGCAUCAAACGUGGGCACGUCCCGACGGAGAUGGAGGACAAGUGGUACAUCUACUACGGAGAGCCGCAUCUGUGGUUUGUCCGAAGCUGGACUGGGCUUCGCGUGUUCAGGAAGGGAGGGGCGGGGCGGGAGCGGUGGAAGAGGCAGGAGAUAUGGAGAGAGCAAAGGGGACGGCAGGGACAGAGUACACAAGAGCUAGGGAAGGGAGCGGAGGGAGAGUGGGGGAUUCUGGGUACGGUCGUGCCAGAGGGCGUGGUCGAGGACAGGGGCGUGGCCACGGGAAUGCGGACGGGUGUGGUCGUGGACAGGCAUACAAUGAUCGGUGCCAUGAUCAAGGCCUCGACCGAGGCCAUGGACAUGCACAUGGACAUGCUCAUAGUCCUGGACGAGGAGACGAUGCAGCAGUAG